AAAUGAUUAAAAAUUAAUACUUUUCUCAUUAAACGCUCCUGUAAUGCGUCAUAUUUAAGUAAAAGACGUAUAUUUGAUACAUCGCAGUCGCUUUCCCCAUCGAAAAAUCGCCCUGUCGCGGUGCUUAUGUAUUUUAAUAUUUCUCCGCCGUUUAUUUGUGUGCGUGUUUCAUCGAGAUUGCAUUCAUCGUUUUUUAGCUUCCCCCUCUCUUUCUCUCUCUCUCUCCUUCUCGUUCGUCGUCCAUCAAGCGCAUAAUUGUGGUGGGGAUGAAAAACCAUCGACGAAACUUGCUAUGCUCGAUUAUUAUGCUGCUCCGAUUAUCGAUGUAACCAGCCGGUGGGGAAUUAGCGUUGUGCUACAGCAGCAUACGACGCGCUCUGGGUGUGUGCGUGCCCUUACACCACCAUCAUCAUCCCUCAUCGAGCAUCGGGUAAGUGAGCGAGCGAGCGCACACAAGCAAUCGCCCCCGUUCGUUCGCUCGCUCACACCCGUACGGGUGCGCGUUUACACACAACUCAUCUUCCUGCACGGUGCUCUCGGUGUGUAGCGUGUGUAUACACGCUGCUCGCUGCUCGCCUUGCCGUACGAGCGGACGAAUGGUUUAGUAAUGAAAAAUCCGCGAAAGAGUACGCAGGCGGCCACUCUCACACUCGGUCCGGAUUUUGUGCCGCUGUUUUCUUGCCGCGGCGUGUCGGUGUAGCAGAAGAAAAGCGUUUUUGUUUCCGUACAUCAUUUUUCCAACGUUCGCCUGCGUGCCUCCGGCGUGUGCGUGUGUGUGUUUACAAAGUUGUGUUCUGCGUUAUCAAACAUCAAACAGCGUUUUGUUUAUCAGCUUCGCAAGAGAAUAGAAAACGGAUUAAAACCAGUGCAAAACAACAGAUUUUGUGAGACAGUCCUUCGCUUGGUGCAAACACACAUAUACAUACAGUAAAGUAGUGGUUUAGUGGGCGUUUGUUUGUUUUUGUUGCUUAUCGAAACAAAACAAGCGAAAGAAAGCUCCGUUUGUGUUAGUCUCCAGCUGUCAAAAGUGUGUGUUUGUUGGUUGAGGUUUUUUUUUUGCUGGAAGAGAAGAAUCUAGUGUGUGAAUUUUCCCGCAUCGCGUGUGUGCAUUGAAAAACCCGUGGGCCCAUCCCAAAAUUUGUGGAAUACAGUAUCAGCUUUUCCGGAACGGUUUUUCUACACACCAACGACAAGGCAGAGAUCAAGAAGCAAGUGCCGUCAAGCUAGUGAACAACGGAGCAGCAAGUUAUCAAUAUUUUAAAGCAGAAAGAAAAGAAGGCCUGCUCCAGUGAGUGUGUUUUUUUUGUCGUGUACGAGUGUGAAUCCGAUUAAUUUGGAAAUUGGUUUUUCCCCGAAUACAUACACACACAUAUACAUAUGGUGCCACGUUUUGAUGGCAGGUGGAUGGUCGUAGUGCGUGCUAGUGAACGGAACCGGCAAGUUGCAGUUGCAGCACACAAGCAAUGAUUCAGGUCGACCCGGUUGGAUAUCCGUCAAACGUGAAAGAUGAGUCCAGCGCAGAUGAAGAUAUGAAGGAGAAUGGUUGUACAGAUAACGAGAACACAAUCGCGAAACCGUCGGCGCAAUUGUUAGCGAAGAUGUCGGAGGAAUUUGCCGAAAAGGCGGCAGCGGCGGCCCGGCUCAGCGAUCAUCAUCAUCUUCAUCAUCCGCAUUAUCAGUCCGGUGCGGCGACCGGACGCGCCCAUCACCAGGAUCGUCCCGACGGCCCGGGUAACGAGGAUAAUUUAAGUGAGGACGAAAACAAUGAGGAUGAGGAGACGUCGGCAACGGUGGCUGCGGCGGCGGCAUCCGAUCGAGCGGCUGUGAACGAUCGAGCCAGCAGUGAGCGUGACGGCGAGGAGGCUUGUGAUGAGAAGGCGAAGGGUGGUGAGUGUACAACCGGGAGGAGUAGUCCACGAUCUCCGGUGUCACUGGUCGGGCGGGUUAGUGUAAAUGAAGGUCUCGGAUCGAUGAUGGGCGGUAGUGAUCAUCGCGAUGAUCCUUCCAAUCUAGCGGCAGCCGCAGCAGCGGCCGCUCUCGGUGGUCCAGCCGCAGCCGCAGCCCUGGCAGCGGCGGCCGCAGCAGCAGCAGCAGCAUCGGCAGCGAAAAACACGAACCCUGCCGCGGUUGGUGGAGGAACCCUACCGGCGGGAGAUUUUAAUCCGGCGGCGGCGGCCUUUGGAUUCCCGCCCGCAACAACACCUGCACCCGGCAUGUCCAUACAAGCGUUCCAGAAUGCGAUCGCCCAGUUCACGGCGAACGCACUCGCUAACAACAUGGACAAUGAUACUGUGGUGAAGAAUCUGGCGAUCCUUCAAUCGGCGCUGUUCACGCUGCAGCAGCAACAGUUCUUACAGUUCCAACUCAUCCAGCAUCUUCAAUCGCAGCUGGUGAAGAAGCACACGGAGAAGGAGGACAGUCCGCUGCUUGGUUUGGCUGGGGCAGGACUCGCGGGGCUCGGCGGCAGUGUGGGGGCCGGUGUAGAUAGUGCAACGAUCGGUUUCCUCAACAACAACAAUAACAAUCACAGCCAACACAAUCACAACAAGGGCAGCUUGCAGCAUCACGCGAACAGUAACAGCGGCAGUCGACAUCAUCAUCAUCAGCAGCAGCAGCAGCAGCAGCACCAUCACCAUCAGGCGCAGCAACAACCACAGACACAGCAUCUGCAGCAAAAUGUCAAAAAUGAGCCUCAGGAUUUGCGGAAAUCUUCGCACGGGUCCGCGGAUCAGGAUGAGGAGGAGGAGGUCGAGGAGGAAGGGAUUGAGGACGCGUUCAGCAAGAGCUACCAGAUGGCGAACAUGAUGGCGGCGGCUGCGGCAGCGGCCAAAUCGCACGUACCACCGCACGUUAGUGAGCUGUUGCGGCCUUCGAUCCAUUCUGUCCCGGAAGAAGAACUAAGGAAACCGAAAUCGUCCGACACUGGUAGCAGUAUGUUUGGGCUAGGUGUCUCCGACAAGCGGACAGGCAGUGACCAGUCUGCCGGUGGACAAUCGAGUGGGUCUUCGUUAGGAACUUCAGGCUCGUCAGCACCCACGACUCAAUCGCUCGCUUCGUCGAAUGCGACCAACACAUCCGGUCGGUCGGAGAAGGACGAGAUCCUGCCCUACCAUCAAGAUCAUAGUGGAUCUACGGGGAGUUUCUCGUCGCUGGCGGCCAACAUCAUCACCGAUCACGCACCGUCCAUGCUCGGUGAACCGAACUCGCUGGCCAUGCUGGAGAAGAAGGCCCAGGAAGUGUUAAACUCCGCCUCGCAGGGCAUCCUCUCGAACAAUCUGCUCGAUGAGCUAGCGUUCGCGAACGAUAAAUCAUCACCGAAUGGGCGGAACGAUGCGGCACUCUUCAAGCACCGGUGUCGGUAUUGUGGCAAAAUCUUCGGUUCCGAUUCCUCGCUGCAGAUCCACAUCCGAUCGCAUACGGGCGAACGGCCGUACAAGUGCAAUGUGUGUGGCAGCCGGUUCACGACGAAGGGCAACCUGAAGGUACACUUCCAGCGCCACUCGGACAAGUACCCACACAUCCCGAUGAAUCCGAACCCGGUGCCGGAACAUCUGGACAAGUACUUCCCACCGCUAAUCCCUCAGGAAGCUCUCAAAGAGCAACAGCAGCAACAACAGCAACAGCAGCAACAGCAGCAACAACAACCGGGCCAAUCACCCUCGCAACCUUCGUCCAUGCCGACCGGAGGUCCUGGAGGUCCCGGAGGGCCGAAUGGCCCGGCCGCUUUCCCCGGCGUUGUAGACGGGCGUGCACCACCCGGAUUUCCACCGCGUGGAUUCUUUCCCGACUUUUACAUCCCGAGGCCACCCCAUCCGCAGCUGCAGGAUCUGUUUGGUGCGGCGGCCGCGGCGGCUGCCGCGAAUGAUGCCGCCGCACGCAAUCCGGUAGAUUUGUCGCAGAUGAAGAAACCGGUUGAUCCGGUACCGACGCCGACGCGGGAUGCGACCCCGGAGAUGCGGAACAUGCACUCGCCCGAGCUGUCGAACGAUGCACCAACGCCCGGUGCGAAGAUCAAGCAGGAACCGAUGGACGAAUCGUUGGAUCUUUCGGACAAGUCUACGAAGGUGACGGGAGGAUCGGGACGAUCGACUAGCACCCCGAUCCAGCACCAUCGGGAUAUGGACGAGAGCAAGGAUGGUUCGAAGGACGAUGGCCAGCUGAUGGAUCAUUCGGAUCACCUGAAGGAAGACAAUGGACCGCUGGGGUCCGGAGCACUCAGCGUGCUAAACACCUCCACCAGUGAGAAGGAGUUCCCGCUAAAGUUGAAAAACAAUUCAAUCGAGAAUCUAGCUACCGUGCCCUCUGUUUCGCCACCUUCGAGCUCUUCGUCCGGUUCGCUCUACCAGGACACGGUGUUGGACCCUUCCUUCUACGCGGCACAUCUUCCACGCCCCGACAGCAAUGACAGUUCGUGGGAGAACUUUAUCGAGAUCUCGUCGGAAACUUCGAAACUGCAGGAGCUGGUGGACAACAUCGAGAACAAGACAUCGGAACCGAACCAGUGUCUCGUGUGCAAGAAGGUCCUCUCGUGUCGCAGUGCGCUGCAGAUGCACUACCGUGUCCACACCGGUGAGCGACCGUUCCGUUGCAAAAUCUGUGGCCGGUCGUUCACCACGAAAGGCAAUCUGAAGACGCACAUGAGCGUCCACCGGAUAAAGCCUCCGAUGCGAACGCUUCACCAGUGCCCGGUGUGUCAUCAGAAGUUCUCCAACAUCUUCGUGCUGCAGCAGCACAUACGGUUGCACACGGGCGAGAUGACCGAUCUUACCCCGGACCAGAUCAAAGCGGCCGAGAUUAAGGAUUACGAGGGUGGCGUUCCGCCGCCACCGCACCCGGACGCGUUGCGACUGAACCCGUUCGGGAUGCGUCUGGCCAGUGAGUUCCACCAGCAGCAGCAACAUCUCGCCCAGCAGCAGCAGCAACAGAUGCAGCAUCAACAGCAGCGGCAGCAGCAAAACAAGCGAUCGCUGGAGCAUUCGGACGAGGAGAAUGAUCACGAGAAUGGACCGCGCCCGUCGUCUGUCGAUCGUGGCGUAACUCCGAUCGGCAAAAUGCCCAAAGUUCCGAUUCACGAGAAGCUAAAGGUUAAAACCGGCCUAACCUCGCCGGCGAUCGAGAGUCAGGUGGAGGAUCUUCGCACGAUGAACCUCCAGCGGCUCUCGAUGCGAUCGCUCCCGCCAGCGGAUGAUUCGUUUUCGCGAGAUUCUUCGUCCGCCAGCCCUACCACCGCCAUGUCCACCGGCUCCGAAGCCAAGCGUCUCCGUUCGUCCAGCCCCUCGAACACGUCCUCCCCGACGGUUCAUUCGCGCCGUUCGCCGAUCUCCACCCCACCGACCGUUGGCGGUGCGGAGCAGGCGAGUGCGGCCGGGCGGGCGGCUGCUGCUGCGGCCGCUGCCGUUGCCUUCCCGUACGGACCGCCGUUCCUCGGUAUGCCCCAGUUCCCGCCAUUCAUCAAUCGGCCACCAUUCCUGGGGAAUGUUCCGAUCGUGCCACCCGGGUCCAGUAUGCCACCGUUCGGACUGUUCGGCGUUCGUGGAAACACAACAACUUGUAAUAUUUGCUUUAAAACUUUCGCCUGUAAUUCCGCACUCGAAAUUCAUUACCGAAGCCAUACGAAGGAGCGCCCAUUCAAAUGUUCAAUCUGCGAUCGAGGAUUCUCUACCAAGGGAAAUAUGAAGCAGCACAUGCUCACUCACAAAAUCCGUGAUAUGUUCGGCAGCUCGGGUGGCAACUCCGGGGAUGAGUCACGCACCCAAACCCCACCCCAGGACAACCAUUCGCAGUCUUCGAAUGGUUCGGAAUCGCACCAACACCACUCAUCCCACCAGCAGGAUGGCAGCGCCCAGGACUUUUCACCUUCCGGUGGUAGAGGUGGUGGUGGUGGUGGUCAUCGUUACGGUGACGGAAGUCGUGAGCGGUCCAAGUCCGCCGGGUAUGAGGAUGGCCCAUCGAAACCUUUGCUCGAGAUGGCCGACAGUUGCCCAACGCAAUCGGCCAAAUCGGUCGACGAGAAUGGUGCCGGCAGUAUGGCGUCGAUCGCUUCGGAUCGGGGCAGUUCACCGACCCCGCUGAUGGCUGGCAGUGCGGCCGCUGUAGCAGCCGCUGCAGCUGCGGCCGCCGCCGCCGCCGCCUCCAACAACAACUACAACGAGUACGGCAUGGGUAAGGACGACCUGAAGAACUGGUGCCAGAAGUUGAAGGAAAUGCCGGAAAAUAUUGCCGCAAGUUGAUAAUGUACGGGCCUGGGACGCACUUCCGGACCGGCGGGGGACGGUUAACGCAUGAAACACAAUCGAAUUUCUCUACCAAAAAAAAAAAAAAACCACAAGGAAGAUGCUGAAAGCUGACACGAGUGAGUGUGUGUGCAGCAGCUGUUGAGAUUUAACAAAAAGAAACAAAAAAGGAGGAAAAAUAAUCAAAAACUAAACACACACAUCCACACGACACGAUAAGCAGUGUUCAAAGCAGGUGAGAUUAUGGUGGGAAGGACUCCUGGUGAAGUGAAGUCGCCGUGUUACAUAUCAAGAGGGGCUCGUGUUUUCGUUCAUAUUCCACUCAUCUGGUUUUCCUUUCGUACUGGUUUUUUGUAAAUAGCAGCAAAUGAAAGUUAUAUCUAUAUACAUAUACGCCACGGCACUAUCAUCUAUCACCACCAACAUUGCAAACGAUUUUGCAGAAGGUUUUCAAAAGAAAAGGAGAAAAACAAAUGGCGAUAAAGCAAACAGUAAGUAACAGCAUGUUAUAAAAAAAGUGAGUAAAAGUGUUAGAUAAAAAAAACCCCAAUGAAAAACAAAAAGAGAAAACAGGAAAAGAUGAACAAAACAGGAGGAAACAAGCGAAAAAAAAUAUAGGAAAAAAAUGCAAAAAAGAACAACAAAAAAUAUACAAACCCCCCUCUCCCCACAACAAAUCUAAAUCGCUGUAUGUGCGUUGUGUGUGUGUGUGCGUGUCAGUGUUUAAGUGUAUGUAAAUGUACAAUGUAUCGUGUAGAAAUUGCAAACAAAAAAACUGUAGUUCAAACGCAAACGCUCGACGGAAAUGUGCAACAAGUUGGUGGAAAACCUGGUGUGUGUGUGUGUGUGUAAACAAGAAAAAAUCAAACUCUGAGAGAGAGAAAGAAAGA